CUCGCCUCUGGAGUCCAGACUGUCAAGCCUGAGUCAGCCUGCAGGAAUUAGGAAGUCUGAUCUAACACUGACAGCAGCGAAGCAGGAGCGGAGAUGGCAGCGUCCGCCUCACAGUCCGAGCUGAGGCUGGUGGUUCUGGGCCCGAUCAAGGCAGAGAAUAGAACUGCAGUCUGCUCCAUCCUGGGCCUGGAAGACAACCAACAGGGCACAGAUGCUCAGGAAGUUCAGGAGUGCACCAGACACAGGGGGCAAGCUGCUGGGAGGCAGGUAGUGGUGGUGUCCAGUCCAGCCUGGUACAGCUCGGCCUGUAGCCCAGAGGAGAGGAGGACGCAUAUUUCCUCCUUCAUCACCUUAUCCAGCCCUGGACCUCAUGCCUUCCUGCUCUGUGUCUCAUUGAAUGAGCCUGCUCACGAUGAAUCCAAGGCACUCGACGCCCUUGCAAAACUGUUUGGCCCCGCUGCAGUAAGCACAAACACCAUUGUUCUCUUCACCCACACAGAGGAGCUGGGAGAGGACGAGCCACUGGAGCAGUAUAUCAUGACCUGGCGCAAAGACCUCCAAGAGCUGGUGGGAAGGUGUGGCGACCGCUACCAUACGCUGGAGAGAUGCAGCGGAGAAGCAGAAGAAGAAGGGAAAAAGGUGGAGGAGCUGCUGGAGAAGGUUGAGCAGGCAGUGAGGGAGAGCGGUACCAAGCACCUCAGCUGCCCUCUCUACCAGGAGGCUGAGGACAGGGUGAGGCAGCGGCAGAUAGAGAUUAUAAGGCAGAGGAGGGGGGAAGAGCUGAGUGACAACACAUCGUCAAACUCACAACCAGAGGUGACAGAGAAAGAAAUGGAAGCAGUCAGGGAAGAGGCAGAGAGAAGCACUCGUGAUUUUGAUUUGGAUGUAGAUAGUAUUUUCCCUUCUGGUAACAGGGUCUUGCCUUCCUCUGCCACUCCCUCUUUUCUUUGGGGCUUAUGGGAGAAGCUGAUGGGCUGGAUCAGGUGGCUGCCCACUCUAGUAAGAAGGGAGGCUCUGUUCGGGUCCCUGGUGGGUCUGUUUGUAGGCGGGCAGAUCGGUGGCACGGUUGGAGCCACUGUGGGUUCUGUGGCUACUGAAGUGAGCAGAAGGAAAACAGAGAAAACUAAAUAACAGGUGCACCUUCAACUAAUUUUAGCUGUUUUACAAAACUAUGCGCUUACUGAGUAACACUUGGUAAAAGAGUCAGUUUCACAGUGGUGCUUGAAAGUGUUUCUGCAUAAAUAUGACCUAAAAUACAUUGUCACAUCAGAUUAUGGUUGGCGAAAGUGCAUCACUGUAAUCCAUGUUAAUAACUUUGGUCCAGAGAUGAAGCAUGGUGGAGGAAGUGUCAUGAUUUGGGUAGAAUCUGUUGAAUCUAAACCAGGAUGGUUUGUUAGUUGGAUCAUUUCUGGAUUAUACCUGCAAAUUGCACAGGAAAAUAUCUCUAAGCCUGGGCACACAAUACAUUGGAACAAAGAAUGUUUUAAAAGACAAAUAAUAAAUGUUUAAUAUGGGAAAAUCGCUAGCUGUCCAGGGUGGAAGAGCAAAUUCUCCAAGUUGAUGACAGAUUGGCAGAAAGGAAAGCAUCUACCACAGAUACAGCUGCAGUUUCCACAAUUUGUAACAUUUCAACCACACACAUUUUAUUGUUUUAUUGGGUUUUCAUGUGAUGGGCAAACACAAAGCGGUGCAUAACUGUGAAGUGGAAUGAAUAUUGUACACGAUUUUCAGAUUUUUUUCUUUACAAAUAAAAAUCUGAAAAGUCUGGUAAACUCACAAUGCCGUCACAUUUGUUCUAUUAUCAUUGCAAUGACACUAAAAGUGACAAAAAAAAGUUGUCACAAAGUAUUCUUUUUGAUACCUUCUUUCAAAACGCAGUCUUUUUUUUUUUUUUGCCGUUUAUGUCACUGCAUACAAAUACUGCUUAAAUGGGACAUAUCAUGCUUUUAAAUCCUUCCUUUUCACACUUAAAUCAUUCAGUUGUGGUAUAUAUAAAGUGGAACUGCGAUGCUUUGGUCUGUUAUUGUAGCUCCUUGUUAGUGUAGCUCCGCAGGCCCCUCUUUUACCCCUGUACUGAGGUGCUCGUUUUGGUGCUGUCUCUUUAAAUGCGACGGAAGCACUUCGCAAGCCGCCCCGCUGGAGGUCAAAGAGCGUUCCACUUUAACCCGUUAAGCCGUUUUUGUAGUUUGAUAACAGAGAUACAAUUAUCUAGCGGCGCAGAAACAAGAAAAAAACGACAAAAACAAACUGUUUAUGUAAUAAUAAUAAUAUUCAAAAUGCAGGAGCUAAAAGCAGCACACAGACCUAAAAUAAGCAGAAGACACGAUGCUACUGCUUUCAAAACAAUAGCCAGGACGUCAUAUCCACACAGUAAAUUCAUGUCUAAAAUAAAGUUUUAGACAUGAAUAUUUAUGUAUGAAGUGAACCGAGUAUAAUCAUUCUCUCUUAUUUUUAUCACUGGGUUCCUCUACUUCUGUGGAAACAUGAUAGCAUUUUAGGUCAUAUUUGAGAAAUAUCCAAUUAUUUAGAAGCCUAUUGACCCUUUCAAGCACUACAGCAUCUCUGAUUACCGUUACCUACCAAAAACCAUUAAAUUGCUCUGUCAUUCUUCUUUCUGCAGCUUAUAUGGGAAGUUUGGUGUUUUUUAGCUUGGUGUUUGUUAGCUUUAAAAACUCUUAUUGGCUGGAGAAGUUUAAUGGUUGUGUAAUUUACUCUCAAUUAAAGCUGGAGAAAAGCUUAUUUCUUUCUGUGAAACAAUUUCUCUGAGGGUUUUCCCAAUAUCACGCACACGCUUCAACAUGUGCACGCUGCUUUUAUUUUUUUUCAAAUUGCAAACUAUCACAUCAUAUGAAAUUUUAUAAAUGUGCAUAUUUAAGGGAAAAAAGUGCUCUCCUUGUGCAUUCCUAUCACUGAUGCCUCUGCUAUUAAAGUAGGUUUCAAAGUAUGCAACAGUUCAGACAGGCUAAACCUAGAUACUUUUUUUUUUUUGUUCAGCUCUGGAUAUUUGUGGUUCUUCAUGAUAUAUAAUCUUUGCAGCGGAGCUCAGGUAGCAAAAUAUUGCUGUUUACCAUUAAUUUAUAAAUAAUAAAUACAUACCACUACAGUGAGGGGAUUGUAGGAGUUUCUCUAGCUCAUCUGGGUAAAAGGAUCAUACACUUAAAGAUUUUAUCCAUCAUUUUCUGUUCAUUGGGGUUUUAACUUGCCAAAUAGGUCCUGAUGCUGUUCACUAAUCUUCCUCUGCUGCUACAAGGAGCUCCACCUGGGACGCCAACUCUCCACUACAUAGCCUUGUGCCUUGUUACUGUUGUUCAAGCACUUUUUACUUACUUGAUACAUUGGAAAAGUAUUGAAGUAUAUAUUUUUUUUCAUUACAACCUAAACUUCAUUGUGUUUUUUGGGAUUUUAUUCAAUAGAUUUAUGUAAAGUAAAGGAAAGGAAAAUUAUGUUUUACAUGCAUUUGUGUUCAGCUCCCUGUGAGUCAAUGCUUUGUAGAACUACGUUUUAAUGCAUUUACAGCCGCAAGUGUUUAGAUGUAUGUCCCCACCAGUUUUGCACAUAUAGAGACAUUUUUACCCCAUUCUUCUUUACAAAUCAGCUCAAGCUCUAUUAGAAUGCACGCAGAACGUCUGUGAACAAAAUUUGUUCAAGUCACGCCACAGAUUCUAACUUGGAUUCUGGACUUUGGCUAGACCAAUCUAACACCUGAAUAUGCUCUGAUCUAAACCAUUCCAUUCUAGCUCUGGCUAUACAUUUAGCAAAAGCAUGCCCACUGCAUGAUUCUGCCACCACCUUGCAUCACUUGCUCAUUCAAGCAUUUGUAGCUAUGACCUCAAAUAUGUUUCAGACUUUCACAUACAGUAAGUAAAAGUACACUGUAGAUCACUGUACUCCGUCAUGACUUCUGUCCACCGCUGCAGGGUGGUGGUAAAAUUAUCAUGGUUUGGACAGAAACUGCUGGACUAUGGCUUUACUUUUUGAACAAUGAUAUUUUGAUGAACGUGAGAGCACAUUAAAAUCACUGUCGUUGGGACGCGAUAUUGAGGAAUGUCCACAAGGUGGCGGUGUUGAUCUUUAUGUAGGAGUUGACUGUGAUUUUUGUUUGUUGCUUACCAAGCAAAUAAAAACUGCAGCUUUACCAA